AUGUCUCAAAUGAACCAUCCAGCUCCCGUGGAAGUCACACACAAGAACAGGGGAUUUCUUAUUAUACAUAAUCCAACCAAUGUGACCUUAAAUAAAUGUUUAGAGGAACUUAAGAAGUAUGGACUUAAUACAAUAGUAAGAGUAUGUGACUCAACUUAUGACAGUGCUCUUGUGGAACAAGAAGGCAUCUGUGUUCUUGAUUGGCCUUUUGAUGAUGGUGCACCACCAUCCAAUCAGAUUGUUGACGACUGGUUAAGUCUUGUAAGCAUUAAAUUUCGUAAAGAACAUGGUUGUUGUAUUGCUGUCCAUUGUGUUGUAGGACUUGGGAGAGCUCCAAUGCUGGUUGCCUUAGCAUUAAUUGAAGGUGGAAUGAAAUCUGAAAAUGCUGUAUGGUUCAUAAGACAAAAGCGACAUGGAGCUUUUAAUAGCAAGCAACUUUUGUAUUUGGAGAAGUAUCAUCCUAAAAUGCUUUUGCACUUCAAAGAUGCCAGUGGUCAUAGAAACAACUGUAAAUACAUUAAUCGUGAGUUUGUCCAUGAGUUCUCUCUGGCCAUUGCAAUGGACUAUCCAAUGCAGAUGUGA